UUUAAUUUAAAAAUAUUUUUUUUCAGCUUUUUAAUUCUCAAUGUUUAUUACGGCAACCCUGUAAAAGCAUUUUUGAGAAAGGUACAUAUGGCAUAGAGUGCAAAUGAGAGACAAAAAUCCAUAUCUUCCCUGUACUGUCAACUUUUAUAGGACAGAGUAUAGGUCACUUUUAAUUUUAACUAAAUAUGCCAUUUAAUCAUUCUACAUACAUUUCAAAGCGAAUCUGUUUCAAACUAUAAUGAAAUAAAGUAAAACCGCGUUAUCUAAAAACAACAAUUUUUCAAUUUAAUGUUGCAUCUUUAUUUUGUCUCUCCGCUGCGCUAUUUAUAGUUCUAUUUUCUCACCAAAAACGAAUCUUCAAGAUUUGUAAAUUUUCUGGAGAAGUUAAAUUGUCAAAUUAAUUUCACGAAAAUACAACAUCCAUUAACAGAUGUACAGGAAGUCCCUUAAGUAUAUAAGGAAAAUUUAAGGCGUGAUUCUUAACUAUAUUCCAAGAAAAAAUUAUAUUACAGUAAAGUUCUGCGAAGCUGAUAAAUUAAUGAUGAUUAAAGAAAACGCUUAAUUUGGUAUACCAAAAUCAACGAUUACACUUUAAAUAUUUGGUACAACAGCAUUUAAAAUUAAAAUUAUCUUUAACAACAAAAAUAAUUUUUAUUUUUAUUCUGUAGAAUAGCUAACUGGGUGAUCUUUCUUGAUUGAAAAAUUAAAUGUUGUUAUCUGAUUGUUGCCUAAUAUCUUUAUUCGUCAGACAGUUAACUGACUGUUUGUUAGAAUAUUGAAAAAUCGGGUCCAAGCAAAAAAAUAAAUUUUUUUAAAAUUUUAUUAGGUACUUUGCAAAUAUACCUAGAGCAAUACCGAAUAACAUUUUUUUUUUUCUAAGAGUAAUCAAAAAUCACCCCUUAAAUUUUCCUCACCUAUUUAUGGAACACCCUGUAACCAAAACAAAGAACAACUUUAAAUAAAUGAUUUUACUAUUAUAUCUCUUUGUCAUGCGCCACACCAAUUUGCCAUCCACAUCCUACCUGCACAUGAGAAAAAAUUUAGAGGGUAUGAAAAAUUGGAGACAUUCCAUCCAUUCGCACCAAGUUGUCAACCAUUAGCUAUAACAGAAUGAUUAUUAUGUACAUAUAAUUUAGUUGAGUACGUGAGUUGUUUCCAUACACCUCGUGAUGCCGGUACGAGUUUGUAUUCACAACAAAACAAAAAAGAAAAUAGGAAUGAAUGCUAAGCUUACACAUUCAAUUCAAUUUAAAGUGGUUUUUAAUUCAAUUUAAAGUUGUCUGCCGAUUUGUUUAGCACAAUUAUUGUUAUUUGUCAGAACUAUUCCAUAAAAAAAAAGAAAACAAAACCUUCCAAACAAAUCUUAAAAUGUCUAAAUCGGAUCAAAAUAUAUUCAAGAACACCAGAACCGUAUUGGAUUUAGAUGAAGUACAUAUGUUUAUGGUAAACCCAAAGUUAAAAAAUAUGUUUUAUGUCGUAAAACCGCAGUGCAAUUCAUAAAAUCGUUAAUCAGGUUUUUCGGAAAGGGUAUGAAUCACAAGUCGUAGAUAAAAGCAAUAAAUUACAUCUACAACAAAUAAUGGCAGUGCCUACAUAUGGUGAACAGAUUAUAACAUUCUUCCACCAUGUGCGUAGCUUUGGAACAAUCACAACGAAUCACUGCCAUGGAGGAUGGCAGGCUUUGCGACGAACUUUUCAAGUGGGAAGAAAUACACCUAAUACUCUCCAUCGACCAUCUACCAGUAAUGGAAUGAAAAAUGAUGACGAUGCAACAACUUCCGGUGCUACACUUGAUGAUACCGACAAAAGGGUAAUUUUUGUCAACAGGCAGCAACUACAAAAAUUUUGCAGUAAUCACAUAUCAACUGCAAAGUAUAAUUUUAUAAGCUUUUUACCCUCCUUUCUUUUUGAACAAUUUAGACGGUAUUCGAACUGCUUUUUUCUAUUAAUUGCAUUACUACAACAAAUUCCUGAUGUAUCACCAACUGGAAGGUACACAACAUUAGUUCCAUUAAUAUUUAUAUUGGCAGUCAGUGCCAUUAAAGAGAUUGUAGAAGAUUUUAAACGCCAUCGAGCCGAUAAUGAAAUCAACCACAGACAUGUUGAAACGCUACGUGAAGGUGCAUGGAAUCUUGUACGCUGGCAAGAGCUUUCUGUGGGAGAUAUUGUCAAAAUACAGAACAAUACAUUUUUUCCAGCUGAUCUAUUACUUCUGUCUUCAAGUGAACCCCAAGGUAUGUCAUUUAUUGAAACAGCAAAUUUAGACGGCGAAACAAAUUUAAAAAUUCGCCAGGGUGUAUCUUCAACGGCGAAGCUUCUUGAAACAAAAGAUCUUCUCUAUUUUCACGGAGUUGUCGAAUGUGAACUGCCAAAUCGUCAUCUUUAUGAAUUCAAUGGUCUUCUCAAAGAUCAAGAAAAACCAGCUAUAGCUUUGGGACCAGAUCAAGUACUUCAACGUGGAGCUGUUCUUCGUAAUACAUCUUGGGUGUUUGGUAUCGUUAUUUAUACUGGUCACGAUACAAAACUCAUGAGGAAUUCUACCUCAGCACCAUUGAAACGUUCAACAGUUGACAGGCUGACAAACACACAAAUCCUGAUGUUAUUUUUGAUUUUAAUCGUUCUUUGCCUAACAAGUGCUCUUUUUAAUGUACUUUGGACAAGUGGACAUUUUAAAUCAGAUUGGUAUCUCGGAAUCGAUGAUGUAAAGAGCAAAAAUUUUGGUUACAACCUUCUUACGUUUAUUAUUUUGUAUAAUAAUUUGAUUCCUAUAUCAUUGCAAGUUACUCUGGAAUUGGUUCGCUUUUUGCAGGCUAUUUUCAUCAAUUUCGAUAUUGAAAUGUUUCAUGAGGAAUCAAAUACACCGGCGAUGGCAAGAACAUCCAAUCUUAAUGAAGAACUUGGAAUGGUAAAAUAUAUAUUUUCGGAUAAAACUGGUACGCUUACACGGAACGUAAUGGAGUUUAAGAGAUGUUCUAUUGCACGCUAUGUUUAUAUGCCAGAAAAGACACCUGAGGAAUCACUGUUAGUGCAAAACAUCUUGAUCAAACACCAAACUUCUCCUGUUAUAAAAGAGUUCAUGAUCCUCCUUGCUGUUUGUCACACCGUUAUCCCAGAGAAAAACGAUGAUGGAUCCAUAAUUUAUCAUGCAGCGAGCCCUGAUGAACGGGCUCUUGUCGAUGGAGCUAAACGCUUUGGUUUUGUCUUCGAUACCCGAACACCAAAUUAUGUUGAAAUUGAUGCAUUAGGUCAUCGUGAACGAUAUGAAAUUCUAAACGUUCUUGAAUUUACCUCUACACGAAAACGCAUGUCAGUCAUAGUACGAACACCUGAAGGUGAAAUUAAAUUAUUUUGUAAAGGCGCAGACACCGUUAUUUAUGAAAGGUUAUCGCCUGAUGGGCAAGCUUAUCGUGAAGUUACCCUUCGACAUUUGGAAGAGUUUGCUUCGGAAGGUCUAAGAACUUUGUGUUGUGCCGUUUCUGUGAUUCCAGAUGAAGUCUACAACGAAUGGAAAGAAACCUACCACAAGGCAUCUACCUCUAUGCAAUAUAGAGAGAGAAAAGUUGAAGAUGCAGCCAACUUGAUCGAAAAUAAUUUAAUGCUUCUGGGAGCAACAGCUAUCGAAGAUAAAUUGCAAGAAGGUGUUCCGGAAACCAUAGCUGCCCUUCUUGAAGCUGGUAUAUAUAUUUGGGUUUUAACUGGUGAUAAGCAGGAGACAGCUAUUAACAUUGGGUAUUCUUGCAAGUUGAUAUCACACUCUAUGGAUCUAAUUAUCUUAAAUGAAGAUAGUUUAGACAACACUCGAGAUGUCAUCCAUCGACACUGCGGGGACUUAAAGAAUUCUGAUAUAAAAGGUUAUAAUGUGGCUCUAAUAGUAGACGGAAAAACACUGAAAUACGCCCUAAGCUGUGACUUACGUCGGGACUUUUUAGAACUUUGCAUAGCAUGUCGUGUCGUGAUAUGUUGUCGUGUGUCACCAAUUCAAAAGGCUGAAGUAGUCGAUCUUGUUACAACAAAUACAAACUCUGUAACACUGGCGAUAGGCGAUGGAGCAAAUGAUGUGGCCAUGAUACAAAAAGCUCACGUAGGAGUUGGAAUAUCUGGUGUUGAAGGUCUACAAGCAGCCUGCGCUUCGGAUUAUUCCAUCGCGCAAUUUAGAUUUUUGCUGCGACUGUUAUUGGUUCACGGGGCAUGGAAUUACAGUCGAAUGUGUAAACUGAUUUUGUAUAGUUUCUAUAAGAAUGUAUGUCUAUAUGUGAUAGAGCUUUGGUUUGCUAUCUAUUCUGGAUGGUCUGGUCAAAUUCUUUUUGAGCGAUGGACAAUUGGUUUGUAUAAUGUUGUAUUUACAGCACUACCACCUUUUGCUAUGGGACUUUUUGAGAAAGUCUGUUCUGCGGAGACGAUGCUUAAAUAUCCUGCCUUAUACAAGCCAUCACAAAAUGCCAAACUCUUUAAUGUCAAAGUUUUUUGGGUGUGGAUCUUCAAUGCACUGCUCCAUUCAGUGCUUCUGUUUUGGUUACCAAUGUUGGCAUAUCGUUCUGAAGUUAUAUGGAAUGAUGGAAAAACUGGUGGAUAUCUCGUGCUUGGAAACAUGGUAUAUACGUACGUUGUGACAACUGUGUGCCUUAAAGCUGGACUAUCGACGAAUUCUUGGACAUGGCUAACACACUGUUCUAUUUGGGGAUCAAUUAUUUUGUGGUUUAUUUUCAUUGUUGCCUAUAGUAAUAUUUGGCCUACUGUGCCGUUUGCUGCUGUUUUCCGUGGAAUGGAUAGAAUAUUGCUUUCUUCACCAGUCUUUUGGAUGGGAUUAUUCAUGAUACCAGUUGCAACAUUGCUGGUCGAUGUUGUUUUCAAACUAGUUCAUAACACAGUUUUUAAGUCACUAACAGAAGCGGUUAGAGAAUCAGAAAUCAAACAACGUGACCCUGGACAUGUUAUGCGAGAAUCAAGAUCAUCAUUUACUGAAACAGCCAGACUUCUUCGAAGUGUGUUUACACGCCGAGCUAAUACCAGAAUUGAUACGGAACUAGAGCUGUCGCAUGGCUAUGCAUUCUCUCAAGAAGAAGGUGGAGCUGUACCUCAGUCUGUGGUAAUACGUGCUUAUGAUACAAAUCUUCGUAAGCCUGAAGGAAACUAAUUAAAAGAGACGGUAUCAAUUAAGUAUGAGGAAUCAAAACUAAAUAAUAUAGGGAAUUUAAAAUAAAUUAAGAUACAGAUAUUUACAUAAAAUAAUCUAUAAAUACUAGUAAUAAAAUCUUUAAAAGUUGUUGUUAAUCAUUCAAUCAAUUUCUUAUUUAUAUUUGCUGUCAUAAUUAUUAAAAGACUUUUAUUUUGUUUUUAUGUUUCUAUAAUGUACAAUACAUAAUCUUAUUUUCUAUAAUAACAAAAACAUAAAUAUAAAGUGUGGGGUGAAUAUUUUUGUGAUUUGUACAAAUAAUAUUGUAAAUUAAAAACUUAAAUAUA